AUGAGCUCGCAGUCAGUUGUCUAUGAAAAAGAUGUUAGAAGCGAAGAGCGACCGUCUCAGCGCACAAGAGCCAAAAUCCAAACAGCCUUUCAGAUCGCUCGCCCUGCACCAAAAUUUUCGCUUCGUCUUGCUCCGAAGAAGCUCCUUCAAAUCCAGCAAGCCACUCAAAAUCACCGACCAGUACCAGUACUGGAAAUCUGGCAACCGCUAUUUCGGAAGCCAAAAUUGAGUCGUGACUUUCAUCAAAGAAUCAAGUUAAGGACGGGUGAUAUUUAUGUGACUAUCGAUGAAUCGUACAUUACCACUUCGACCGGGCCACCGAAGGACCUUUGCAAUGCGGAGCGGUAUGGCGAUGGUGCCACCUCACAGAAGAAUAUUGUGGCAGCAAUGUGCCAUAGCGGUGAGACGACGUCAACUAUUUAUUUCCGUGACACACAAUGCAGCUGGCAAGCCAGCGUAGGCACAGGUCCCGCUAAAUCUUACCGAUUUAUUAUCAAAGACAAAAACAGCGACAUUUCCAACCCAGGCAGAAUGAUUCUGCAGUGGGAAAAACAGAGGAAAGGAAAUGUAUCAGCCACUUCGUUAGAUGCAGAGCAAUUUGUCCUGUUGUUUAUUGAUCGAGAGGCGCGGCGAAAGAGCCGCAUAGCUACCAUGACACCAGACGGGUUUGAAAUCAUCGUCCGCAAGUCCUCUAUCCUUAAGCACUUGCAGAAAGCGAUCGCAACUUUCAUAUCGCCCGCCAUUGUCACCAAGGUCGGCUACUCCCAGCCAGUUUUGCUAGCUGGCAAUCCCGAGGAUACCAUCGCUGCCGGGUCAAGUGGGCUUGAAGAUGCCUUCUCAGGCUCUGCGCUUCUUAGUGCGCGACGCUCCUAUUUUGAUGUUCUGCACAGAAGUUGGAUCAUGAGAAUUGCACUGUUUGGUCUGACAUUUCUGUGUGCUCUCAUUCCGAAGCUAGGCAAAUUUCCGCGUCCGGGUGAGGAUGGUGGGAAGGACGACCGAGGCAAAUUUGUUCGCAUGCCAUAG